GUAUUGAUCUGUUCUGGAAGACAAUCGGUUACGCUGCUUUCCGGCUAUGUUGGUGCUCUUCGUCUGCUGCUGCUGCUCUUUGGCUUUGGCCCAAACCGAGUUUACGGCCUGAUAAUUGGUUUUUCGAGCUCUCUUUUUGUUUUGAUUCGUCGUCGCUGAAAUCGAAAUCUGAAUAGCGCUGGAUGUGGAAGUAAAUAUGCAUGCUGGCUCGGAGAUUGAACCAAUUUAUUUCAAUUUCGCACUUGGACGGGCGACGUUGUGUUACUGGUUUCCCAAUUUCUUGACUUUUAUCGUUCAAUAUGCGACGCCAGAACAUCGUCACACUCUUAUUCAGCAUCCUGUGUUUGAGUGGGGAUCGCAGAGCCUACGCCUGCCACUGCAUCCGCCUGGGGAAAUGUGCCCACUUUGCCCGCCUUCUACUUCACCACGGUCCCGGAGAACAGUCCGCUGUGUUCGCCAAGGUGCACAGUGCCAGUUGUGGCUUCCAAGGCCUCGAGCCGCUCGUCUGCUGUCCGACAUCUCGCAAGCAAUACCACGAUGAGUCAUUCCUCGUCAAAGCUAGUCGCAUGAUGCGCUUUGCCCCGCCGGAUGAACGUUGGAUUUGGAAUGAUGGGGGAAAUAAUAAGGACAGCCGGCACUCCCACAAACACUCGGAUAAUCUGGAAGCGGAGACCAAUCUGCACAACUACUGGAACUUCGAGCAACAACGCAACUGCCCCCAGCCCGUGGAACCAGAGUUCUUCGACCGACGCUUCGGAUCGGGACACCACUUUCUGUAUCAUGUGGAUCACGAAGAACGGGAUACUUUACCGCGACCCACUCCAAAGGAUAAGCCAAUAGUAUUUCCGGGAGAUCUACGUUUCCUGCGGCAGGGAGAGGAGGAAUUUGACUCCAAUAUAGAUCAAGGUCCUCCUCUGGCACCGUUUACCACUACAUUAGCUACACCAAUUGAAACAAUUCCUGCUUCGUCAUCCACAACCACCACAUCGAUGCCUUCUUUCGCGAAGGAGAACUCCCAAGGAUGCGGAAUAAAUGUGGAGAGCCGACUGCUGGGAGGAGAGCAGGCCAAUGCCGGACAGUUUCCCUGGCUGACCAGGAUCGCCUAUCGCAACCGAAGCAGCAGCCGCAUUAGCUUUCGCUGCUCCGGAUCCCUGAUCUCCAGCAGCCACAUCGUCACUGCCGCACACUGUGUAGUCAAUCUAGUCAGCGAUUUGGAACUGUCUCAUGUUCGAUUAGGAGGUCAAGAUGGGCCGAGUCCGUUCACCAUCGAGCAGGUGAUAGUUCAUCCUAACUACGACCAGCCCAAGUAUGCAAAUGACAUUGCCCUACUAAGAAUCAACAGCACUAAUGGCACCUUCACACCCAUAUGCUUACCCUUAAACGGGUCAACCACACUGGGAAACAGGCUGAUUGGGCAAACGGGAGUGGCUGCCGGUUGGAGUAUUGGAAAUUCGGAAAGUGAGUUUCGAAACAACUUUAUAUCUGAUCUGUUUAACCUUGCAACUUACUUACAAUGCGAUCGAAAUAUAAUUCAGCGCUUAUUAGGUUUUUAUGUAUAUACAUAUCAUUCUCUGCUACACAAUUCAGAUAAUGGUUCGAUGGACCCCUCGAACUCCACUGUUGGAGUGCGCUUUAUCCGUUUGCCCAUCGUGAACACCACCAGCUGCGCCAUCGCCUAUGCUAGCCUCAGUGAGAACUUCCAGCAGCCCAUUGUCAUUACACCCAAUCACCUGUGCGCCCAGGGAACGCCUAUGAAUGACGUGUGCCGUGGAGAUAGUGGCGGCCCCUUUAUGGACGACGGAUCCUCCGGCGUCUUUGGAACAAGUGGACGCUAUACGAUCAUCGGCAUCGUGGCCUUUGGACCCACGCUGUGCGGCGUGACCACCAUUCCGGGGGUAUACACCCUAGUGAGUAGCUUCUCCGAUUGGAUACUGCGGAGCAUUAACGGAGGAUCUGACUAGUGAGUGGUCGUGUGGGGUACACAGCCCAAGGAAAGCACAUCCAAAGCUUCCAAUGCCAAAGUCUUCAGAACACAUCCAGGUAAAGAGCGAUGAUUUAUACAUUCUACGGAUAAAUACAAAAGUUCGGCUCCACUUCAAGUCACCUAAAUGCCAAUAAAAUUUACAUGUAUAACAUUUGUA